AUGCGCUUCUCAAACUUCUUUGUCUCAGCCUCUCUGGGGAAUCUCGCUCUCGGCGCAGCCUUCUCUACUGGGAGGCUCGAGAGUCGAAAGAAAGGCCAUGGAACUGAUUGUUCUCUCAACCAGACCACCGCGAGUGCUCCUCACAAGAACUUCUGGGGUAGUCUGACUACCCAGGAAACGAAGGAUGUGCUUGCUCUUCUACAUAGCAAUGCAACAGGCUUCAACUUGACUGCCGCAGCGGAUGCUGGGAGCCGGGAUAAUAAGAUCAUGUCUGUUGAGCUCAUGAUGCCCAACAAGACCGAUGUCCUCCCACUCCUCUCGGACAGCACCGGCACCCCAGAGCGUUAUGCCCUGGCUUCUCUCAUGUUUGGGGCAGCUGAAAGUGCCUACGUUCAAGAGUUCAAGGUUGGCCCCCUGCCUAUCACCAACGCCUCGUAUGUUAUGCCAUACACCUUUACAAACACACGAGGUGAUGGCAAGAUCCCAGUUGUCAACCCCGACGCUGAGGACUAUGCCAACUUCAAUCUUGAGAUCAUGAAGGGCGCAGAGGACGUCACAAAACGACUCUGGAAUUUGACCGUGGAGGAUGGACUCCAGAUGCCGCUGGCUUUCGCAGCUCCCCUCACAGUGACAGAAGACAAGGUCAUCAUGUGGCAGGGCUUCAACGCACCCGUAACCAGCAUCUACGACACAAUCUCGCUGCUUCCUCUGGGUUUGUACAUGAGGUCAGAUAUCACAGGCCGUGAUCCCAGCAAGUGGAAGGUGACAGGCUGGGUGUACAACAACACGUUCUACAAAGACCUCGAUGCUUUCCGCAAGGUCAUUGCCGAGCCUGACUUCAAGCCCCUGGGAGCCAACCUGGACCAGCCUUGGGCGCAUACUAACAAGCAUGGUGAUGCUCUCCCUCUGGACGACAGCCCUCCACCUGCGUCUGUUCAGUCUGGCAAGGAGAGAUUUUCUGUUGAUGCUGAGGAGAGCUAUGUUACUUGGAUGGACUUCGCUUUCUAUGUUAGUAUUACGCGUGAUAACGGACUACGACUUUACGACAUUCGAUACAAGGGCAAGAGGAUCAUGUAUGAGCUUGGACUUGAUGAGGCUAUCGCCCACUAUGCCGGCAUUGAUCCCGUGCAGUCUGGAACUUGCUACUUCGACAGCAUGAAUGGCUUUGGUCCCACCAUGAUCUCUCUCGUCAAGGGCUACGACUGCCCCGCAUACUCUCACUAUGUCAACGUCACCCAGACCACAGGCGAGACAACAUAUACCCAGAAAGACGGCCUCUGCAUGUUUGAGAUCGACAAGGGCUUCCCCAUCCAACGCCACUCCUGGGCCGGCCACACAACCGUGACAAAGAACAUCGCCUUCAACAUCCGCGCCAUCUACACCAUCGGAAACUACGACUACAUGACCACCUACCAAUUCCAUCUCGACGGCUCCAUCGAGAUCGACGUCAGAGCAUCGGGCUACAUCUCAUCUGCAUUCUACGCCGAGAACGAAGACUACGGCUUCAAGAUCCAUGAUAGUCUUUCUGGGUCUCUGCAUGAUCAUGUUAUUACCUUCAAGGCUGAUUUCGAUAUCUUGGGUGAGAAGAAUUCGCUGCAGAAGGUUGCUAUUGAGCCUACAGUUGAGAAGUAUAAGUGGUCGGAGGGCGAGACGCGUAGCACCAUGAAGGCGGUUAAGAGCUUCAUCAAGACUGAGGAUGACGGCAAGAUUAACUGGUCGCCUAAUGGUGGAGCGAUGUAUGCUGUUGUCAACAAGGAUGAGAAGAAUCCUUACGGUGAAAACCCAGGAUACAGAAUCGUACCAGCAUCUGGCGUGGCAUACCUCACCGUCCAAAACUCCAGCAUCACCGGGAACGCAGCCCAUCACACAACACACCAUCUCUACGUCACCCGCCAAAAAGACAACGAGACAUACGCCGCUGGCGCCUACAACUCUCUCACACCCGAAGACCCCCAGGUUGAUUUUGACAAGUACUUCAACGGCGAGUCCCUCGACCAAGAAGACAUUGUCGUUUGGUUCAACCUAGGAAUGCAUCAUAUGCCUCACACAGGCGAUCUCCCCAACACAGUCUUCUCAACCGCUCACUCCUCUAUGUUGAUUGAGCCUAUGAACUAUCUCCUAGGUGACCCAUCGCAGGCUAGUUCGCAGCAGGUUCUCAUCAAGACUACGGACGGCAAGCCUGAGAUUACGAGAUAUGGAGCUAAAGAAGCAACGUGCCCUGUUGACCUGGCUCAGCUCAACCCCGAUCUGUCAAACUACUCCAACAGUGUUAGCGUCCUGAAGUAUCCUUUCGAUAGCUCGAAGCCGGAUCGUUGCCUCAUUCCAGCAAGCAUCACUACAGAUUCUUUGGCAUUUAUGCCCAUUACCAUCGUUGGCAACAACACCGCUCAAAAGGACUUCACCAAGGUGUUCAAAGGCUGGGCCCAAAAGGACGACGUUUGGCAACCUGCAUUCUGUGAAUUGGUGGUGCUUUUGAAGUCGCCUGGUUGUAAAUCAACAACGACUACCUUCAGUGGUAUCAAAUCAGCUAUUUCUUGCUGGCACAAAGCCCCCGAAGUCCCAUCAGGGCCCUACUUCCUAGAUCCAUACAGAGGGAGCCUGCAUCAAGUGUACCGGCUCUACGAUGACUUCUCCGGUAGCUUUCUUGAGUCGAUUCUCCAAUCCCCAGACGGGACCUUUCAGACUCUGUCGGCGCACGCUCCGGGUAGCAGUUCUCUCACCAUAGGAGUUCCGUCGCGCUUAUAUUUUACUCGCACCAAAGAAAGGCCUCUAGCUGGUGUUAGAGUUGGAGUCAAGGACCUUUAUGACCUCAAAGGUGUGAAAAGCUCGCGCGGCAACCGAGCUUGGUACAACCUUUACCCCGCGGCGAAUAAAACAGCACCGGCCAUCCAAAACCUGAUCAACGCAGGAGCCGUUAUUGUCGGUACGCAGAAGCUCUCACAGUUCGCAAAUGGGGAGAAUCCAACUGCAGAUUGGGUCUCGUACGUUGCGCCGUUCAACCCCCGCGGAGAUGGUUACCAAGGUCCAUCAUCAUCCUCAUCGGGUGCGGGAGCGUCUGUAGCAUCUUAUCCGUGGCUUGACCUUGCUGUUGGAAGUGACACAGGAGGUUCUAUCCGCGGACCUGCCGGAGUCUCAGGCAUUUUCGGCAAUAGACCUACUCACGGCCUUGUCAGUCUGGAUAACGUGAUGCCGCUUUCACCCAAGAUGGACACAGCGGGUUUCCUGACUCGGGAUCCCGAGAUCUGGAGUGCAGCACAAGCCGCUAUGUACAAGAAGAACUACACGGCAUUUUCAAAGGAGAAAGUCAAGUACCCGCGGACGAUUUACACGGCAGGGUUUCCGGCCAACGAUACACCUGAGGGCGUAAUACUGCACCAAUUUGCCAACGAUCUCGCUGACUUUCUCGCCACCAAUGUAACUGAGUAUAACAUUAGCGGGCAGUGGGAUUCAACAGGGCCGGAGUCUGUGCGAAAUACUCCAUUGGCAGACUUACUGAACGUAACCUAUGCUGCUCUCAUCACCAAGCAACAGAUUGCUUUAGUCAAAGAGCCGUUCUUUAAAGAUUACGCUGCCGCUCAUGAUGGCCGCACGCCUUACGUAGAUCCAGCACCCAGCGCGCGAUGGGCAUGGGGAGAAAGCCAACCAGACUCCAUUCUUGAUGACGCCAUUCAUAACAAAACCAUCUUCAUGGAUUGGUUCAACCAAAACGUUCUUCCGAAAGACAAAGACUCACAAAGAUGCUCUUCUAGUAUCUUGCUGUAUACCCAGGGCCCAGGGAUCUUCAGCCGCCGCGAUGUCUACUUAGAUCCCCCGAGCGUUCCAUUCGGAUGGUCAUUAAGUAGGAUUUCCAUCUUCAGCGAAGCACCUGACAGCGUGUAUCCAAUUGGGGAAGUAUCGCAAUUCAGCGAUAUCACCGGUAGAAAUGAGAGCUUGCCCGUUAGUGUUAAUAUCAUGGUAGCCAGAGGGUGCGAUGGGCUUGUGCCCAGGCUGGCUCAGGAUCUUGUUGGGCUUGGCUUAUUGAAGAUUCCAAAGACUGGCGGGAGCAUGUCAGGUGGAUCAAUUCUGUUUUAG